AUGACUCCGAAUCCAAAUAAUUCCUUGAGUGAAGAUGAUGACAUUGAAAUUAGAGUGAUCACGGAGGCAGAUAGUAAGAAGACCUGGGAUUUGAUGAGCACUUAUUUCUUUCCUGAUGAGCCGUUGGCAUACAGCAGUGAACCCAGGAAUGAGCUUUUAGUAGGCAAAGCCCACAAAGACCAUGGUACAUGUCUGAUGGCUGUACUUAAGUCAACCAAUGGAAUAGUUGGCGUCUGUAUUUGUGGACCAAAGGGCCCUGAAGAAGCGGAACAUAUGCAAAAAGAUGCUGAUGCGGCUGGCAAAACCAAAUGGGGUAAAAUUUUUUAUUUUCUGGCAAAGCUUGAGCGAGAUGCGAAUGUCUACUAG